UAUCCAAGCCUUCGAAAGCAGAAGUUCGACUUACCAAGACCCAACUUCAAGAUGUUGACGCUCAAGGAGCCAUCAAUGGAGAUGGAUACAAUCAAGUACAUGAACGUCUCCUCCUACAACCCAAACCAACCAACCUACCACCCUCUCGCCUGCAAUCUGCAAACAUGUCCGCUCAUCUACGCCUACCUAAUGUACGACCCAACACUUGCAGGCAACGCACCCUUCCACUCCAUUUUCUCAUUGCUCCUCCCCUUCAGAUCUUCCUCGGGCUCCACUACCGCACCUCCGGGAUCCUCGCGGCAACCUUCCUCGGUCUAUCAACAGAGAUCACCGGCUACGUAUGAUAAACAAAGGAACACAUCUCGGGCCCAGUGGUCAGUCUACUCCUCUUCGGGUUCAUGUGCAUAGAGUUUGCAUGGAGAGUGCAUAAACACCACGAGGAGCUG